AUGCAGUUGAGUCAACACCACCAAAAAACAUAUUAUGUAUACCGUUCGAAAACAUUUGUCACACUUCAUAGGAAAUUAGUUUCUUCCUCAGUUUCGUUCAAGCAGUUGUGUUUAUUGCAUCUCAGUUUUACAUUAAGCCAAUUUUCAUAAAUCAUUGGACGGAAGAUGUUAAUAAUUGCUUGUCUACUGACUGCGUUCGUUUUCUACCAAGUUGAGGCUCAAAACAUUGUGUGCUACUAUGAUAGCCAUGCUGCAAGCUAUCCCACCCCGGUGCCACCGGAUGCUCUGAGUGCGGCAAAGUGUACCCACUACACCUACAUCGGGAUCGGAUUAACUACAAAAGGAGAAAUUCGGCUUUUGAACGAAAGCUUUGACACAGAAACUGGUUUCUUGUUUUUCCAAAACCUUCGCACAGCCAACUCAAAAUUGAUGAUCCUGCUUGGGGGAAUGUACGAAAGCAGUGCCACAUUUUCAACGGCUGUAGCCUCCUACCCGGAUACCCUCAUCAAUAAUAUAGCCCUGUUUCUGACCCGCCACAACUUCGACGGCAUCGACAUUGACUGGCGCUAUCCGGCCAGCCGGGGUGGUCAAUCAUCCGACAAGGUCAAUUUCCAGAAGUUCAUCAUCCGACUUCGUGCCAGGCUCAACAUGAUAAAUAAGCUGUUGGCGGUUUCCGUUUCGCCGAACAAGUCCGUGUUUUCCAAUGCUUAUGAUAGCACCACGCUGAGCUUAUACGCCGACAUGAUCAACGUGUAUGCAUUCAACUUUACCGAAGGGGCGGAAACAUGGACCAAUAAUAUAGCUGCGCUGUAUUCCGACAACACGAGCCCUAUGAGCGUGAAUUCAUCAAUCGUCGAUUGGAUUUCCACUAAGGUGCGGAAAAGUAAGCUGAACAUUGUAGUGGCCACGUACGCCCGCACAUACACGCUGGCCAGGCCAACCCGCACAAUCGUGGCAUCGCCAAUCAGUGGACCGGGCCCGGUUGGAUCAAACAGCCAAAAAGCGGGCUAUUUAGCGCAGUACGAACUAUGUCCGUUGGUGGAAAAUUACGCAACGGUGGCCGACGACGGCACCAAAACCGUCUACUACACCAAGGAUCUGAGCUGGAUCAGUUCCGAGACCGGCGACACUCUUGCCCAAAAGUACUCCUACGCGGUGAUAAACGGCCUUGGCGGGGUGGCCAUCUAUACGCUCGAUUGGGACGAUUGGAAGAACGACUGUGGGAUGGGAGCGUUCCCGUCCGUUACCGUGGCCCAGGAUUAUUUGUACUCCGGUACAAACGAAGCUUAAAAUUAUCGAUUUCACUAUACACAUGGAUCGGAUGCGGAUGAUGAUGGCGAUUUAGCCUACCCACCCACGCAUUUUAGCAAUAGGUGGAAAAGUGCGGGUGGUUUUAUUGGCGAGCUACUUGGCGAUAUAAUGGUAACGACAAAUAAAUCAAGGAAUUUCAAUCUUAAGUG